GUUUAACUCUGGAAAGAAUAGUGUGGAUUGUUGGAACAGGCGUGAGGUGUCUCGUCUCAGCUGGAAUUUUGCUUGGUCUCUCUCCGCUUCAGACCAAACUUCCACUCCCUCAGAGUCAAACAAACCACAAUUAACAUCGCACACGCUAUAUUUUCUCCCACUGUUCCGAUCGUCAACGAAACGUAAUUGAUUCAAAUUCAAUGGAUCCAUCAUCACCACCACCACCACUACUCCGCCAAAACGACGUCGCCUCGUUCGACCGUGAAACUUCUUCUAGAAUAUACUUGCACUCCUCCUCUUCCGACGACGACGUUUCGCCCUCCAAUUCCAUCCAAUCCACCAACCGCCGCCUCGAUUACAUGCUCCAGUUUCUCGACCGGAAGCUCUCCGCCGACCACGGCCACCGCCGCCACUCCCCCGGCUCCCGUGCGGCGCCUCUGCCGGAGUUCGUCGCGAAGGGAGGCGGCGCCGGCAUCUUCCGCCUUCCCGCGCGCGGGGCGGUGCACCCGGCGCGGCCGCCGAGCCUUGAACUGCGGCCGCACCCGCUGCGGGAGACUCAGAUUGGACGUUUCCUGAGGAACAUUGUUUCUAGCCAGUCGCAGCUCUGGGCGGCUUCCGAGUGCGGCGUGAGAUUCUGGAACUUCAAGGAUCUGUACGCGUCGUGGUGCGGCGUCGGAGGAGAAGAAGUUGUUGCGAGAAGCGGGGACGAGGAGAGUGCGCCGUUUCGGGAGUCGGUGUGGACUUCGCCGGCGUUGUGUUUGGUUGCGGAUGAGGGGAACAGGUUGGUUUGGAGUGGACAUAAGGAUGGGAAGAUUAGGUGCUGGAAGAUGGAUGAUGAUGAUGAUAACAACGACAACUGCGAUUGGAGCAAUCGGUUUACGGAAAGCUUGUCUUGGCAUGCUCACCGUGGACCUGUUCUUUCCCUUACCUUCACCUCAUAUGGGGAUCUGUGGUCGGGUUCAGAAGGAGGAGGUAUAAAAAUAUGGCCUUGGGAGGCUGUUGAAAAAUCUAUUCAUCUUACUAAGGAGGAAAGGCACAGUGCUGUCAUAUUCGUGGAGAGGUCCUAUGUUGACUUAAGGAGCCAGCUAUCUACAAAUGGCUUCAGUAACAUGCUAACUUCAGAUGUAAAGUACUUAGUAUCUGAUAAUUUGAGAGCAAAGGUGUGGAGUGCUGGCUAUUUUUCAUUUGCUUUGUGGGAUGCUCGUACAAGAGAGCUACUGAAAGUUUUCAAUUCAGAAGGACAGAUUGAGAAUCGGUUGGAUGUGUCCUCAAUUCAAGACUUUUCAGUGGAGCUUGUUUCAAGUUCAAGGAAAGACAAAACACAAAGUUCCAUUGGGUUCUUUCAGCGUUCACGUAAUGCCAUAAUGGGGGCAGCAGAUGCUGUUCGUCGAGUUGCAGCAAAGGGAGGCUUUGGGGAUGAUCACCGGAGAAUUGAAGCACUAGUGGUAACAAUAGAUGGAAUGAUUUGGACAGGGUGUACAAGUGGCUUACUGGUGCAAUGGGAUGGAAAUGGAAAUCGCAUACAAGAUUUUCUUUACCAUUCAUCUGCCAUUCAGUGUUUUUGUACUUUUGGCAUGCAAAUUUGGGUAGGCUAUGUGUCUGGCACUGUUCAGGUAUUGGACCUCAAGGGUAAUCUAAUUGGGGGAUGGGUGGCUCAUGGCAGUCCAAUUGUAAAAAUGACAGUUGGCGCUGGUUAUGUAUUUGCAUUGGCUAACCAUGGUGGCAUACGUGGAUGGAACAUCACCUCCCCAGGACCCCUUGAUAGCAUAUUGCGUUCAGAAUUGGGUGGCAAAGAAUUUUUAUAUACUAAAAUAGAAAAUAUAAAAAUAUUGAGUGGCACUUGGAAUGUUGGACAAGGAAAAGCAUCUCUAGAUUCCCUUACUUCAUGGCUAGGUUCUGUGGUGUCAGAUGUUAGCCUUGUUGUUGUUGGGCUGCAAGAGGUUGAAAUGGGUGCUGGAUUUCUUGCAAUGUCUGCAGCUAAAGAAACUGUAGGAUUGGAGGGAAGUUCUGUUGGGCAGUGGUGGCUGGAUAUGAUAGGCAAAACAUUAGAUGAAGGUUCAACAUUUGAACGUAUUGGAUCCAGGCAACUUGCUGGCUUGGUCAUUGCUGUGUGGGUUAAAACCAACAUUAGAUUUCAUGUUGGGGAUGUUGAAGUGGCAGCAGUUCCAUGUGGCUUCGGACGUGCUAUUGGCAAUAAGGGAGCUGUUGGUUUGAGAAUUAGAGUGUAUGAUCGGAUAAUGUGCUUCGUUAAUUGUCACUUUGCUGCACAUUUAGAUGCAGUUGGUCGUCGCAAUGCAGAUUUUGAUCAUGUAUACCGAACAAUGUCCUUCAGUCGGCCAACAAACCUCUUAAAUACUACAGCUGCUGGCACUUCAUCUUCUGUUCCAACGUUUCGUGGUACAAAUUCCGCAGAAGGGAUGCCCGAGUUAUCUGAGGCAGACAUGGUUGUGUUUCUUGGUGAUUUUAAUUAUCGCCUUGAUGACAUUUCUUAUGACGAAGCAAGAGAUUUUGUUUCUCAAAGAUGCUUUGAUUGGCUUAGAGAAAGGGACCAACUUCGAGCAGAAAUGGAAGCUGGGAAUGUCUUCCAAGGAAUGCGUGAAGCAGUUAUAACAUUUCCUCCCACAUACAAGUUUGAACGGCACCAAGCUGGUUUGGCAGGGUAUGAUUCUGGUGAAAAGAAACGCAUCCCUGCUUGGUGUGACAGAAUUUUGUAUCGUGAUAGCUGCACUUCUUUGGUGUCUGAAUGCAGUUUAGAGUGUCCCAUUGUCUCCUCAGUAUUACAGUAUGAAGCUUGCAUGGAUGUCACAGAUAGUGACCACAAGCCUGUCCGCUGCAUAUUUUCUACAGAUAUUGCUCGAGUAGAUGAACCAAUCCGGAGGCAGGAAUUUGGAGAGAUUCUUGAGUCUAAUGAGAAAAUUAAAUAUCUUCUGAAAGAAUUAUGCAAGAUUCCUGAAACUAUCAUUAGUACAAACAACAUAAUUCUUCAAAACCAGGACACAUUAAUUUUGCGUAUUACAAAUAAAUGUGCGGAAGGCAAUGCUUUGUUUGAAAUCAUUUGUGAAGGUCAGUCCACUGUUACUGGGGAUCAGAAGGCUACUAACCAUCAGUUGAGAGGUUCCUUUGGCUUCCCAAGGUGGCUUGAGGUGAGUCCUGCAACUGGUAUAAUAAGACCAGAUCAAAUUGUUGAAGUAUCAGUGCAUCAUGAGGAAUUUCAGACUCUAGAAGAGUUUGUUGAUGGUGUCGUACAAAAUUCUUGGUGUGAAGACUCCAGAGACAAGGAAGCUAUUUUGGUUGUCAAGGUGCAUGGCAAUUACACUAUCCAGCCAAGAAAUCACCGAGUCCGUGUUCACCACUGUUAUUCAUCCCAGAAAAAAUCUCUGAUUGACUCUCAACCAGACGGCUCCAGGCAUAUCCAAGGAACUGUACUACAUCGAUCUGAUUUCCAACCAUUCAGCAGUUCCUAUGAUGUGGUUGACCAGCUACAGAAAUUGCAUAGCCCUUGAAGCCGCAGUUAUCGGAGCUUGUGGUCCAACUUGUAAUCAUCGAGCCGAUAGAACUGUACAGAAAGAAAUCAAAUGCAAGGCAAAGUAGCGAGACAGCUUUUUACUUGAUCCAUUAUUUAAUUUAUUCAGAAAUGAGCCCAAUUGUAAAUGACUAUGUACCAUAUCAACCAACACAAGCUUCGAUUUUAAGGGAAAAUCCAGUGACCUAUAGUUGAUUGUGUCGUUUGGAUGAUGAUUGCUCCCAACAAAUAUUCUAAUAUUUUUAACUUUCUAUUUGUCUCAUUAUGUGCCUGGAAUUUUGUACAAUGGAAGUCCAUUUUGUUAAUCGACUUCCUGUUAUAUUUUACCUUAGUCAAAUACUACUACAUAAGAAAGAUUGAUUAAUGAAAAAAAUUUCUGAAUUUA